GAGUGGACUGAAAUCAAAUAAUGCAUUUUGACGGUUACUCGUAAGUCGUAUGAUCUUUAACCUAAAGCUUUGCAGUGUGCUGUGACUUUGUAAACAUACACAACGACGAGUCAAAACAUUGACACAUGACUGAUAGAUUUAGUGAAUUUUAACAGUUGUAAAUAUAACAGGAAAAUAAUGAAUUCUAGUCCGAAAAAACGUGAAAAUUCUCGUUUGUGGGGUGAACUACCUCCAAAAGAAACUGCUGAAGAUAAUGAUCCUGAGCAAGAAAAUGCCAUAAAAGAAGUAUUUUCUUCGGACGUCGUCGAAGGUAUUUGGCGUCAGGUUAUGGAUGAGUACAAUAGCUCGGAUUGCGAUUAUCAAAAUCACAAACAAUCAGAAUUUAUACAAUUACCUGCUGGAAACUCGCAUGUUUUAAACACAGUGCACCUGCAAGAACAAAUAAAACUAAUGGAUGAAGGUACAGUGUUGAAUAAUCUAACAGUCAUAGAAGAUGAAAAUGAACAGUCAGCUUCACAAAAUAAUCAUAGUUUUUCUAUACCCAAUAGUGAUCAAAAAACCAAAUUUAAAAACCAACCUCCAGGACCACACUUGAAACCUUCAACGGUUCAAAGUUUAUUGCAACACUCAGUUAUAACACUGCUAGCUCACAUUGGGUUUGAUAAAGCAUCGGAUCAUGCUAUCAAUACUCUUUCAGAUAUUGCAGAUCAUUUUUUAAGAAAAAUAGGGCUCUUGCUCAAAAAAGCUUCAGAAGAAACAAAUUAUGGUUUUCCAGACGCAUUGCAGAAAGUUCUUGUUGAAUCUAACAUUGGAGGCAUUGCAGCCCUUUAUGAGCACUACGAAGAGUUUGUACUCAAACAUGAAAAAUAUGUUAAAAAAAUGGCAGAAAGAAAAUUAGAAGAACAAAAACAGCUGGAGUUGAAUAUUUCCAAAACAAGUAUGGAUAUAAAUGAAGCAACGAAUAAUCUUCAGUUUGACGAACUUGGUGAAUUUGGAAAUGUUUAUAAAGAAAUACCAACUCUACAGUUACUUGACCCAGAAAUGGGAUUUCCACCUAGUUUAGAUGCAGGCUUCCAAAUGCUUCACAGUUUAGAACAAGACGAAUUAAAUAGUUUAUCAAUGGAAGAAGAUGGAUGAUGCUCAUUAUUAAUUGUAUGAUAUUUUUUGAUACCAAUGUGAAAUAAUCUAGCGAGAUAAAUUUAAUUGUACAACUAAGUUAAUUGUUAUUUUUAUUUUUAAUAAAAAAACAUUAUU